GGUGCCGGUUGAAUACAUCUUUUAUUACUAUUGUUGAAUUAAGUAAACAAUAUAUGUAACAAUAAUAAAUAUAAGUAGUUAUUUCACUAAAAAUGAAAAAUGUAGACUAAUUUAAAGAUUAGACAUUAUUCGAAUGAGGACUGAAAUUACAAAGUAUACUUCAAACAAAGAUCGGUCUAAUAAUACUUAUGUCAUAACUUUGAUUUUUUCUCAAUAAAUCGUAUCGAAAUGGGUGAAGUGAUUAACUUUGUUUUUUAUUGUAAUAUGAAUACCGUAAACAACUGAAUAAUUAACCAGGAACAUUGAUAACCUUAAGUAUGUAGCUAUAUCAGUGUAGGUGCUGUGAAUUAUGUCAGAGUGAUACAAUUUUAGACAAGCAAACAAAAAUGAACGAGACUUUAGGAAGGGGCUACGCCCGAAUAGAGGCAAUUCGAGCAGCCCGUGGGGAGCCCCUACCUAUGGUACCGGAGCCUGGCGCUCCGCCCCCCGAUAGAUACAACUCCGUUUACCUCACUUUGUUUGUCGCCGGUGCUGCUUUCUUAUUGCCCUUUAACAGUUUCAUAAUGGCAGUGGACUACUUCAAGGACCAAUAUCCAGAUUCCACAAUCAUGUUUGACAUGUCUACAGUGUACAUAACUUCGGCCUGUGUAGCGGUCGUCACCAAUAAUUUGCUACUAGAUCUCUUCACGUAUAACACAAGAAUAACUUUUGGUAUACUAGUAUCCCUCGCAACAAUGCUGUUUGUAGCUGUAUGUAACAUCGGCUGGGAUGGAUUCUCGCCGCACGUCUCCUAUACCAUCAAUCUGGUUGCGAUUGGUGUGGUUGCUUUCGGCUGCACAGUCCAACAGGCCUCUUACUACGGAUUUACUGGUUGCUUGCCGCCGAGGUAUACACAAGCUGUUAUGGCCGGCGAAAGCGCGGCUGGUUUCUGGGUGUCUCUUGAUCGGGUCGUUACGAAGUACGGUUUUCACACUCCUCGACGGAGCACGUUCAUGUUUUUCGUGUUCUCUAUACUCAUUCUUCUGGGACACUCGAUGUUGCAUCACGUGAUGAUGCGUCAUCCACUGGUCCAGCAUUAUUUGAGGCUCACAAACGAAUCAAGGCACCGGAGACGCAUUCAACUGCAUUUAAAUCCUAAUGAAGACGUUACUCUUAUGGAAAGCGAAGCAGGUGACUCGAGUUAUGGCGUCCUGAAAUUACAAAGCCCAGCGCUUUCCAGUGCUACAGGACAAGCGGAACCAGAGACGAGCGCAUUUAGUUUUGCCAAUCCAGUAUAUUCGCCCACUGCCACUGCGCCCGCGUCGCUGGCGUCGCCGCCCAGCGGCACCGAGCCCACCAUCUCGCCCUCCGUCGCACUCCAAACCCCACGACCCUCUUACAAGGUUGAAGAUGUGGUGUUUGAGUCACCUGAGAGGCCAACAUCCUGGAGGGCAUUUAAACGUGGAGUUAAGGCCAGGUGGGCGGUGGCGCGCGCCAUCUACCCUUAUAUGGUGUCCAUAGGACUGGUAUACUUCACGACACUCAGCCUGUAUCCUGGGAUAGCUUCGGAAGUGCCGUCGUGUCGUCUCGGCACAUGGAUGCCAAUCAUAUUAAUGUCCGCGUUUAAUUUCUUCGACUUCAUUGGAAAAAUCGCAGCAGCCUGGCCUUACGAGUGGAGUCGCAGUCAGUUGUUGAUGGCGAGCGGUGUGAGGCUGCUGCUAGUGCCUCUUAUGUUACUCUGUGCCGCACCUAGACACUCGCCGCAUAUCGUUGGAGACGUCUACUCGAUUAUGUUUUCGGUCGUCCUCGGCUUCAGCAAUGGUGUAUUUGGUUCAGUGCCAAUGAUACUAGCGCCAUCGCGUGUUGGACGAGAACAUCGGGAAAUUGCGGGUAAUAUGAUGACAUUGUCAUACAACGGUGGAUUAUUGUCUGGUUCCCUAGUAUCCUAUUUGUUGCUUAGUAUGCUCGGUCCUCGGGCAGGUGACCCUUGUCGUUUACUGUACCCUACCCCACACCUGCCGACGGUGCCACCUGCAACCACCACUGCUGGUAACGUAACGUACCUAACAACCGCCUUACACUAAAUUAGAGAUGAUCCAUAUUAGAAAAAUAUAGAUGUUGAUCAAUGUUAUUUAUUAUUAGUAACGAUAAUAAAUAUCGAUUGAGAAAAUCGAUAUUAUAAGUCACCUAUAUAUCACAUAACCAUUAAUCCAUCUUUCUUCUUUUUUUAGGCCUCCAAUCAUGUUAUUUUUUUAUUUGCGACGGCCUACAUUUAUUACUUUUUUUUUUAUGGCCACUGCUCUUUGUUUUUGCUUUUUUGGUUGAUGUGAUCAUAACAAAGAUGUUUUCCCAAUAAACAUUAAUUUAUUAAACAUUUUUUAAUAUCGCUCUUCACUUAAUCAGUGACACAAAAAUAGUAUUAAUUAUUAAAAAUUAGUUUAAAUGUAACGUUUGCGUCAUAUUUAAUGACAAUUUAAGAGACAAAUAAGUACAAUAUUGAAGUUUAUUAAAGAAUAUGAAAUUUUACCAGGUUAUUAAAAGAGAGAUCUUCUGUGUAUUUUUUACUUAGAAUAUCUCUCUUAUCGUUAUUUAGUUCCAUGUUAUAUCUCUGUCUGAUUCUGACUUAUGGAAUAUAC